CAACAACCCCAACAAUCUCCUCGUAUCUCAGUAUCUCCUCCUCCUCAGCCGGUCCCAUCUCUCAUCCAAUCCCACUUCCACACACAAAACACAGCCAGCAGCCAUGUUUGGAAAAAGUCCCUUUGGCAGAUCAACUGGUAACACUUCGCCCUCGCCAUCUUCGUUUGGCCGCGUCGUGCCGACCCCAUUCGACACGCCCGGCCGGGGCGGGAGCACCGGCGCAGGAGGGCAUGUCCCCUCUGGAGCGCGGGUGGCGCGCGUGAUGUCUGCGCCGACGAACGAGCUCGCGCUGUCGAAUAGACUGAUUGUUUCGCCGCAGGAUUUCAGAUCGGAUCAAUAUGUGAUUGUUGACGAUAUGUUUGUGUUUACUACAAAAGCGGAAGCAAUGCAGCCUGGAACGGUUGGUGCGUCUGGUGUUCAGCGAGAGUGGGCGGGAUGGUCUCUAGGCCAGGAAAUCACGAUCGUGCCCUUUGAUCCGUUCCGCACCGGCGGCCAAGUCUAUCUCGGCUCGCUCGACGUCGAGAUCGGGUUCAACAACCGCAACAAGAUCUCGGACCAACAGUACGACCAGGACGAGCUCGGAAAGUGGUUCACGACCCUGUACCACGACCAGGUUCUUGCGCCGGGGCAGAGGAUGAUUAUGGACUACAAGUCGAUGCUGUUCAAGAUCAUCGUGCGGUCGGUGCAGCUCGUUGAUCUGGGCGAGAAAGGCGGCGCCUCGGCCGCGCCCGCGGCUUCGAGCCCGCAUGUUCGCGGAAUCCUCACGCCUCAUACCGAGAUCAACUUCUUCAAGGCGCAGGACUCGCCCAUCAAGCUCAAGGCGUCGUCGAAGCGUCCGGCCGCGAACGCAAUCAUCCAGCCGAACUUCAAGUUUGAGGACAUGGGCAUCGGUGGUCUGGACACUGAGUUCUCAGCCAUCUUCCGUCGUGCGUUUGCGAGUCGUAUCUUCCCGCCUGGGUUGGUGGAUAAGCUGGGGAUCCAGCACGUCAAAGGUAUCUUGCUGUUCGGACCGCCUGGUACGGGAAAGACUUUGAUGGCGCGACAGAUUGGAAAGAUGCUGAACGCGCGCGAGCCAAAGAUCGUCAACGGACCCGAGAUUUUGAGUAAGUACGUCGGCCAGUCGGAGGAGAACGUGCGCAAGCUGUUUGCGGACGCGGAGAAGGAGUACAAGGAGAAAGGCGAAGAGUCGGGCCUGCACAUUAUCAUCUUCGACGAGCUCGACGCGAUCUGCAAGCAACGCGGCAGCAGCCGGGACAGCACCGGAGUCUCGGACUCGGUCGUCAACCAGCUGCUUUCGAAGAUGGACGGUGUUGACCAGCUCAACAACAUUUUGAUUAUCGGAAUGACUAACCGUCUGGAUAUGAUUGACGAGGCGCUCCUGCGUCCUGGUCGUCUUGAGGUGCACAUGGAGAUCUCGCUUCCGGACGAGACCGGCCGUCGACAGAUUUUGAAGAUCCACACGACCAAGAUGCGCGAGAACAAGGUGAUGGCCUCGGACGUCGACAUCAACGAGCUCGCGGCGUUGACGAAGAAUUUCUCUGGCGCCGAGCUCAACGGUCUCGUCAAGUCUGCCACCUCGUUUGCCUUCAACCGGCACGUCAAGGUCGGCACGGUCGCGGGCGUGUCGAACGAUAUCGACAAGCUGAAGGUCAACCGUCAGGAUUUCUUGCACGCACUCGAGGAAGUCAAGCCUGCGUUUGGUGUGAACGAGGAGGAGCUGACGACGUGCAUCCAGAACGGAAUCAUAAACUACUCGCCGCAUAUCAAGAGUAUACUAGACGAGGGCUCGCUGUACACAGAGCAAGUGCGCAAGUCGGAGCAUACCCCGCUGGUCUCUGUUCUCCUGCACGGACCCGCCGGCGCCGGAAAGACCGCGCUGGCGGCGAAGAUCGGGCUGGCGUCCGGGUUCCCGUUCAUCAAGCUGAUUUCGCCCGAGUCGAUGGUGGGCUACAGCGAGGCGGCUAAGGUCGCGACGAUCAGCAAGAUCUUCGAGGACGCGUACAAGUCGCCGCUCAACGUCGUCGUCGUCGACAAUAUCGAGCGUCUGGUUGAUUGGGUGCCUAUCGGUCCGCGAUUCUCAAACUCGGUCCUGCAGACGCUGAUGGUGCUUAUGCGAAAGCAGCCGCCCAAGGGCCGCCGUCUGCUCAUCCUCGCUACCACAACCGAGCGCUCUGUGUUGCAGCAGAUGGACAUUCUCGACACGUUUGAUGCGCAGAUUGGCGUUCCGAACGUGGCCAAGCCGCAGGAGCUAGGCGUCAUUCUCGAAGCCGCCGAGAUCUUUGGAUCCGAGACCAAGACCGACGCGGGCCGGAAGCGGGUGCAGCAGAUUCUGAGCACGGUGCAGGAACAGACGCGGACGACGGAGAUCGGCGUCGGGAUUAAGCGGAUUUUGGUCGGUGUCGAGACGGCGAAGCAGGAUCAGUCGAUGGAGGAUCGGUUUGUGGAGUUGAUGAGUCGGGCGAUCAAUGAUCGGAUGGUGUAGAGAAAAUUAGUUGUGAUUUGAGCUUUACGGUACAGUAUAGAGCAACAAUGUGAUAUAUCCUACUUCUCUUUUCUUACUAUGUAGAUAUAAUCCUAAAAAACAUUUAAAAAUAC